UAUAAGGAGGCCUAAAACAACUCUACCAACCAAAACUCCUCAGCCAUAUAGAAUUCUCCAAAACCUCUCUCCUCUCUCUUUCUCUUUCCUCUGUUUCCUUCCUCCCGCUCUUAAAUAUCACAGGGAUCUCAUUCUGCCAUAGCUAGUCAUUCCCUUUCUUUCUUAUCAAUCUUUUGGCCGGUGAAUUUCUCGUUUAUUCGUUAGCCUUUUUUACACGGGUUUUUCUCUUCAUACGUUUAACAAAGUACAGGGGAUCACGAAGUUAGUGAUGUCGAUUACACAUUAAGUGAUUUUCUCGUGAGCCUCGGCUGUACAGACCGUUUCUCUUAAACGGAUCAUUCUUCGGUUAAUAUAUAGGGUUGUGCUCCAGGCAUUGGUUUCCUUCCAUGAGGGUCUCUGGUACUUUCAUGGAGGAUUGGAAUCUCUAAACUUGUUAGAUAAUACAUAUGAGCUCCCCCCACUUUCUACAUUGAAGCCUAUUUUUGGUGAAUAUACAGCCAGAAGAUUGUAAAUAUAUAAUAUGGGAAUCCUUACCCGCAGUGCUGUUAGCAGAAAACCAAAUGAGACCAUGAGGCUUAUUGUUACUACGUUUGUUGGAGUGGUUUUUGGCUUUUUUAUAGGAGUAUCAUUUCCAACGUUGUCAUUAACUAAGGUGAAUCUUCCAUCCCGCCUUUUUCCUACCAUUGACAUCUCAUACAUUAAGUAUAAAGAAUCAGGCAUUCAAAAUGCUUGGUCAUCUGUGAAUAAUAAUAAUGAUAGCAGAUCAACUCAAGCUCAAAAGUUGAAUGAUACAUCAAAGAUAUGGGUUCCAUCUAAUCCUAGAGGUGCAGAAAGACUACCUCCAGGUAUUGUUGAAGCUGAGUCGGACUUCUACCCACGAAGAUUGUGGGGUAAGCCCAGUGAGGACUUAACCAGCAAACCACAGUACCUUGUAACCUUCACUGUAGGUUAUGAACAGAGGAAGAAUAUUGAUGCAGCGGUGAAAAAGUUUUCAGAGAACUUUACAAUCCUUCUAUUUCAUUACGAUGGCCGAACAACCGAAUGGGAUGAGUUUGAGUGGUCAAAGCGUGCUAUUCAUGUGAGCAUUCAUAAACAAACUAAAUGGUGGUACGCCAAACGCUUUCUGCAUCCUGACAUUGUGGCUCCAUACGACUACAUAUUUAUCUGGGAUGAAGACCUGGGAGUGGAGCAUUUUAAUGCGGAAGAAUACAUAAAACUAGUGAGGAAGCAUGGCUUGGAGAUUUCACAGCCUGGUUUGGAUCCUAGCAGAGGAUUAACAUGGAAAAUGACAAAGAGAAGAGGUGACCGUGAAGUUCACAAACAAACAGAUGAGAAACCUGGCUGGUGCACCGACCCACGUAUGCCUCCCUGUGCAGCGUUUGUUGAAAUCAUGGCUCCGGUAUUUUCGCGAGAUGCAUGGCGCUGUGUGUGGCAUAUGAUCCAGAAUGACUUGGUCCAUGGGUGGGGUCUUGACUUUGCUCUUAGAAAAUGUGUAGACCCUGCCCAUGAGAAGAUUGGAGUUGUAGAUUCACAAUGGAUUGUUCAUCAAACUGUUCCCUCACUUGGUAACCAGGGAGAAGCAUAUAAUGGGAAGCCACCAUGGCAAGGGGUAAGGGAGAGGUGUAGGAAGGAGUGGACAAUGUUCCAAAGUCGGAUGACAAAAGCGGAACAUACAUAUUUUAAGGACAUGGGAAUAGACCCUUCCAAUUCGACAGUUCAUUAGGGGACAGCAACAUGAUAUAAUGAUCGUUCGCUACCAGCACCACCUGCCAUGAGGUUACUAAUUGCAUUGCUUUGUAAAAUGCAUUAUCAUAGAUUGAAACCAUUAUUUAUUUUGACACUUGGUUAAGCACAAUCGUGGAAAGCCAUACAAAAUUUUAGUGCUGACUAGAGUUAUAGUAUGGAGGGCAUCUCUCUCUCUCUCUCUCUCUCUUUCUUUUUUUUUUUUUUAAAAAAUCCAAGUAAAGAUAAUAUGGAGGGCAUCUAGGAUUGUAUGCAACUAUAUUACUUAAAUAAUGCGAGAUGAAAUAUUUUUUGAUUGA